ACUUCUGUUCAUCAUAAUAGCUGAGUUUAAUUUCCACGUAUCCAGAGGAUCUGUUCAAAGUUGAGCAGGCUUGAGAAACAGUAAAGUGAAGGUUAAACAGGAGAAGGAAAAAGGACAUGGCUAGAUAUUCUUCACCUCAAGCAAAAAAAGCCAGAACGGGGAGCAUAGAUACACAUACUGACUUUGGACAUGAAUCCAGGCAGAUCCUGCCUGAAGCACAGUUGCUGUGUUAUAUCUGUGUCAAAGUGUUCAAUGAUCCUGUCACCACUCCUUGUGGACACAACUUCUGCAAGAGUUGCCUUAUAAAAACCUGGCAUAAGAGUCAACAUUAUUAUUACUGUCCAUUAUGUAAUGAAAAAUUCAGCAAGAGACCUGAACAGAAAAUGAACACAACACUGAGCAUGGUCGUAGAUAACUUCAAAAAGACAAGUACUAUGGACCAACCAGAGAUUCUUUGUGAUGCCUGCACUGGUGUGAAACAAAAAGCCAUAAAAUCCUGUCUGGACUGUGGUGUGAAUUUCUGUUCAUCUCAUUUAGAGCCUCAUAAUUACGUUCUAAAUUAUAAGAGACACAAACUAAUCAAUCCAGUGAAGAACCUGGAGAACUACAGAUGCCAGAAGCAUGAGAAACCUCUGGAUCUGUUCUGUAGAGAUGAUCAGAAGUGUGUGUGUCAGUUCUGCACUGAGACAGACCACAAGAAUCACAAUAUUAUUCCAUUAGAGGAGGAGAGUGGAGAGAGGAAGAGUCAGCUGCGGAAAACACAGACAGAGCUGCAGCAGAUGAUCAAGGAGCGACUGAAGAAGAUCCAGGAGAUUAAUCACUCAGUAGAGCUCAGCAAAAGAAGCACAGAGAAAGAGAACCCAGACAAUUAUGAAGUCUUCACUGCUCUGAUUCGCUCCAUUGAGAGGACUCAGACUGAGCUACUGGGGGAGAAGCGGAAAGCAGUAAAGAAGCAGGCUGAAGGACUCAUUAAAGAGCUGGAACAGGAAAUCGAUGAGCUGAAGAGGAGAAAGACUGAGCUGGAGCAGCUCUCACACACUGACAAUCAUCUCCACUUCCUACAGAUUUACCCGUCACUGUGCAUCGCUCCUCACACCAAGAACUGGACUGAGAUCAGGAUUAACACUGAACUGAGUUUACAAACUGUGAAGACCGCUCUGUCUCAGCUUCAGAAGACUCUGAAUGAGAAACUCAGUAGAACGCUGAAUGAGAAGCUAAAGGAAAUGGUCCCCAGAGAACUGAAGAGGAUUCUGCAGUAUGCAGUGGAUGUGACUCUGGAUCCUGAUACAGCUCAUCCCCGUCUCAUCCUGUCUGAUGAUAGGAAACAAGUCACGUAUGGAGACACGAAGAAGAAUCUCCCAAAUACCCCGAAAAGAUGUAGUUAUUAUCCUAUAAUCUUGGGACAUCAGGGUUUCUCCUCAGGGAGAUUUUACUAUGAGGUGCAGGUCAGUGGGAAAACCAUGUGGGAUUUAGGAGUGGUCAGAGAGUCUAUUAACAGGAAGGGAAAGAUUGAGACAUGUAACCCUCAGAAUGGAUUCUGGAUCAUGACUCUGAAGAAUGGAAAUGAGUAUCAGGCUUGUGAUGAUUCUUAUAUCUCCCUUUCCAUGAGAGAGAAACCCCAGAAGGUGGGCGUAUUUGUGGAUUAUGAAGAGGGUCUGGUCUCCUUUUAUGAUGUUGAGGUCAGGUCUCAUAUCUACUCUUUCACUGGUCAGUCUUUCACUGAGAAAGUCUAUCCAUACUUCUGUCCUUGUUCUAAUGAUGGAGGUAAAAACUCAGCACCACUGAUCAUCUCUCAUGUGUAA